AUGUCAGCGCAAGAAGUUGAUUGGCAUAAUUAUGACGACCUCAAGAGGAGGACUAGUUCUGGUUCGCUGAACAAAAAUGAUAGCGAUGAUGGAGAGGUGACUCUGACAAAGAGCGAUGUUGUGCUAACGUUCAACAUAGAGGUUGUUGUGAUGGAAGUUCAAGGUCUGAAGGCGAUAGCUCCCAAUCGAAUAGUCUAUUGUACCAUGGAAGUGGAUGGGCAUAAAUUGCAAACGGAUCAUGCCGAAGCUCAACGACCAUCGUGGGUUCUAUUAUGGGAUACGCAAGGAGAUUUUUCCACAAAGAAUCCUUUACCUGUCGUCAAGGUCAAGUUGUAUUCUGAGGUGAAAAGCAUCGUCGCUUUUGAAGACAAGGAACUUGGAAAGGUGAGAUUACCAAUGGUAAUUAUCCAACCGACGCCUAACUGCUCGCGGUCACCGGAAUGGUAUACGAUGACUGUCCCAAAGAACAGUGCCGACCAGAAUUUGAAAAUCAGGAUUACAAUACGGGUAGAAAAGCCACCUAAUCUCAAAUAUUGCGGCUACUGUUACUGUAUCGGUCGGCAGGCGUGGAAGAAGUGGAAGCGACGAUUUUUUUGCCUAGUUCAGGUGUCUCAAUAUGCAUUUGCGGUCUGUAGUUUCCGACAAAAGAAGUCGGAUCCAACCGAAUUUGUUCAACUUGACGGGUUCACCAUCGAUUACAUGCCUGAGCCGGAUCAAGGUAAAUUUUCUACAAUAGAAUGUAGCAAAUUUCCGAAGACUCAUGAACCGAGUCGUAAAAUGUUUUUUGGGGAUCUUGCUGCUCAAGGUGGCAAGCAUUUUUUCACAGCCAUCAAGGAAGGUGAUGAAUUGAAGUUUGCCACGGACGAUGAGAAUGAACGGCAUUUAUGGGUUCAGGCUUUGUAUCGAGCAACAGGACAAGCUUACAAGCCAGUUCCACCGAAGCAAUCCACGGUAGCUCCGAAAGCUCAGGGCUUCCAAGAUAAAGCCAGUAAACAUGGUUUGGAUGAUAUCAUCCAGGCAGAUCCCAUAAGCUUUAAUCAUGACCACAUCUUUGCGGACAUCCAACGACAAGCUUUGAAUUUCCGGAUGAAUGAACCCAUAUGUUCAUUGGGGUGGUUUUCGCCUGGACAAGUUUUCGUAUUGGAUGAGUACUGCGCUCGGUAUAUGGUCCGCGGAUGUUAUCGACAUGUCACGCUGCUUUCUAAUCUUCUUGAUAAAGCCGAUCAGGGACAGCUAAUUGACCCUACGCUCAUCCAUUACUCAUUUGCGUUUUGUGCCAGCCAUGUGCAUGGUAACAGGUGGGUGCAGCUUGGUGUGUAA